AUUUGCUGUGAGGGAAGAACACAGUAUGUGACUGAUUCAGCUACAGGGUGUGUCAAGCUUGUAACCCCUUUGGAUGGUACGGUUGAGUUCCUAACAGAUUUUGGGGAAUUGUUCCUUUGCGAGGCCAGACCGGUAUAGAUUCAAUACCCUUGUAGACGCGUAAACCCCAAGGUGUUACAAGGUUCCUUAAAAGAUGUGUCUCAGCUGUAAACUUGCAGAUUGGCUCAGAAAGAAUCACAAAUGGACCAGAGGGCAGAGUAGUUCAACCAGACCAUGCAAUCUUGUGAGCAAAUGUUAAAAAGCAUUACCCGUCUUCUAAAAACAUCAGAGUUCAUGCGAUCAAGCUACAGUCUCUGUUGACUUUGCUUGUAGAGAACCUUUACACGACCACGAAGAUGAAACACCCAACACCAAGUUUGUUAGACUACUGCCGAGAUUUGGAAAGGCAAUGAGAGAAUCUGUUAAGUGAAUAACAAAUACUUCACCCACCGGAAAUCCUAUUAACUCGUUCCAGAGCUCGCAAUUGAUCUUUCUGCUACUGCAAAAUUUAAAUCCGAUUCCAGUAGUGCCCAUAGACAAGAAGAACCUUGCAAAGAUGGAGGAAUGGGCCAGUGAACAUGGGCAGUGUGUUCGACAGCUUACUGUUAGGCAGCAAACAACCCAAUUUUCAGCUGGUACAUUGCCCAUGUCAGUCUAUGGGCUAUAAACCUACCACAAGACUCGGCCUCUCAACAGCGAUGUGGAAGAAGAAGUCAUUGAAAGAGAGGAAGGAAAUCGAAGGAAGGAAGGAAGGAAGGAGUCAUUAAUUAAGUAAGCUCGGACGUCAGCAUACAAAGGCGCCACUGGCAGCCGCUCUCAGUCCAUUUAUGAGCUUACUGUACCCACCCAACCCAUGAUGUGACUGAUGGGUAAAGGUUGGCCACACCACCGGGGUCUACGUCCCAUACAGUUUUCGAAAAGUGGUGUGGGUUCUUUUACGUCCCACAAGAACCAAAUAUUAAAGUGAAAUUGCUGUAAGACGGGACCCAAAGUUCUUCGUCCUUAACCGAGAAGACUAGAAAGUCUAUUAAACCGUUUGUAUUAAAAAGGCAGCACUCUAUUCUCAGUUAUUUAUUGACCCUGAGUGUUGGUCCGGCCGGGGUUCGAACCCGCGACCUCGCGCUCAGCAGACCGGCGCUCUCCCAGCUGAGCCAACCAGGCGGCGGAAGAGGAAGUUAUCGAAGAGUAUGUCUCUGACUUUGAUUCCAAUUAAUCUUUGCCUCAACUAUGAGGAUGAGGAGAUGGAGAGUGAUGUGGUACCUUCAACCUGGAAUAGGCGAAAUGGAAGACAAAUAAAAGCUGUGGUUAGGCUGGAUUUGUAA